AGGGUGCACGCAGUACCAUGUGCAUUGAUUGCAUUGAUUGGUGACCCAGCUGGUGCGGCCGUGACUGUUCUCUGUGUUGGCAGUGCGGGCCCCUGCUCCAAGACACGAUGCAUAGCUUCUUGGCGCUGCUGCGGGAGAGCAGGGAUACCUGCCCACCACCUGUGGAGCUGGUGGCCUUUGCAGGAAGACUGUGCCGGGACCUGCAGGAUGACCUCGCCCAGGCAGAGCCCUUGGUGGAGGCCCUGCUGGAGAGCCAGCUCCGCCUGCAGCUGCUGGACAACAAGGACGUGGUGCUGGUGUGUGCACGUGUGCUGGCACGGCAGGAGCAGCCCCAGGCUGCCCGCCAGCUCCUGGAGGGUUGCCGGGCACCUGCGGGAGGCAGCCAGGAGCUGGUGCAGCUCUGGAAUGACAUCCACUAUGACCUGGAGAGGAAAAGGCUGGGUGUGGCCACGCUGACCCCCUUGCAGAGGUUCCGCUGCCGGAAGAGGCAUCCACCACCCUCCUCCCUCUGCCCAGAGGGUCUGAAGAGCCGGUACUUUCCCAAAGAGGUUCGCCAGAAGCUGCAGGAUUUUGCCUUGAGUGUGUGCAGCAGCCCCAAUAAGGACCAGAGGGAGAACCUUGCAUUGGAGACGAGCUUGACAGUCGAGCAGGUAUGCAACUGGUUUUCCAACUACCGGCGGCGCCAAAAAUCCCUUCUGAGCCCACAGCAAGCCCUGCUGGGGCCAUCAGGCAACUGCCACAUUGAGGCCCAGUUUGGGGACAGGCCUGCACACUCAGCAGGACAUAAGGGAAAUGACCCUCCACCUCCCCCAGAGGCCACCUUAGGACUGUGGGAGCCUCCGUUUCUGGCCCUGGAGUUUCCUGGACAUGAGACCCUCUCACAGCCCCUGGAUCCCAGCAGUGCUCAGUUGAUGGUCAUUGUAAAUACAAGUGCUAAUGUGUUUCAGGUUCCAGUAAUCAUACUUGUUAAGGGUCCCAGCCUUAGUCGUCACAGCUCAUGUGGCACAGGAGGACGGGAGCACAGCACGACUUGUCACGUGUGGGUCCCACAGCCUUCAGGGGCUGAACCCAAGGCUCGACAAGGCACAGAGAUGUUGGCAGAGGGGCUGGGCCACCAUGCUGCAUCCUUAUCGCCCGACUGCCCUGGGCCUGGCCUCUGCCCUCUGGCUGCCGGCAAUGACCUUGUGGCGCCCCGACUGGGCCCCUCAGGAUCGUGGCUGAUGUCCCUCACUGUGGCAUCUUCUGAGGAGGUUUACUUCCAGAAUGGGCAGCUGCUCCACGGUCAGGACCUGGACUUUAUGACGCCCCAUCCGAAGGCCACUGCACCUGGGCCCCUCAUCACACUGGACGGUCCCAGCCCCACAGGAUUCCCUGACCCACUUCAGAGGAACCCCUGGAGCCCGUAUUUGGAGAAGAGUCCGGGCACCAGCAGUGGACAAGCAGACGUGCAGGUCGGGGGCUACCUGGUGACGCAGACCCCACUGCAGCCUCCAGCAUUUAUCCUCCCCCAAAGCCCCCCAGAGCUGGUGCAGGCCUCACACUCCUUUCCCAGCCCAGUGUCCACUGUGGAGCUGAGCCAGCACCUGCAGUCCACCCAGGUGCAGUGGCCCAACAGUCUGGCCUCCAACGACACUUUCUUGGGAGCACAAAUGCUCCUUGAGUUUUCAGGGGGCAUCUGGACUGAACCUUCCUCUGCCACUGGGCAGCAUCCUAAGGGGCAUGUUGGGGGCUGGCCGGCUGUUCAAGAUGACGAGUUACAGAGCUUUAUCCCAAGUUAA